AAUAAUAUUUCACUUCAUAUGUAUAUAGGUACAUGAAAAAUCGAUUGAGCAAUGCGCAGUAGACAGAUCUGCUGGUAACUUUUUUCCCAGGUAGACCAUACCUAUGGCCCUUUGUUAGAAGUGAUCAGCACAACGCCCAACGUACAAUACUUGUCAGUCAUCUUCUCUUGUUAAGGGCGUGUACUGCAUCGUAUAGGAAAAAAAAUUUUAAGUUCUCAUUAGUUCUUAAAAACGUUAAAACGUUCAAGAAAAAGUUACAUUUCUCAAUUUCGAUAUCAUCUCAUUCAAUUAUUUUUAUUCAGUAAAAUGGGUAAAACAGCAAUAAUGAUUUUACAAGAGUUAGGAAUGAAAGAGGGCUUCUUACCAGUUUACACAUUGCUUCGUUCACAAACUGGUAAGCAAAUAAAUAUAUUUACUUUUAAAGUACAAUAUAAAGAGUUCUCAGCAAUUGGACAAGCUCUGAAUAAAAAAGAUGCGAAGCAGAAAGCAGCUCAGAAUAUGUUAAUAUUGUUGGAAGACCCAAAUGACAUUUCUAAGACAAAACCACUAUCAUCUUCAAACGACAUUUAUCCUGAUACUUCAUCAGUACCAGCUUUGCUAGAUUCAACAUUAAUGGAUGAAGACCUUAGAAAUUAUGUUGGAUCUUUACAACAAUACUGUUUAGAAAAUAAAUUAAUGCAGGCAGAGUAUCAAACUACUAAUAUAACUGGCCCAGCACACGAAAAAGUGUUUACUAUGUCCUGUACAGUAGGGUCAAUAACUGAAGAAGCAACAGGAACUAGAAAAAAGCAAGUCAAACAAAGUGUAGCAAAAAAGAUACUAGAACGUCUCACGAAUACUAAUGAUCCGUCAGUUGCAAACAAAGAUGAAUGCGGAUCUUCUAAUCCUUUUAAAGACUGUGACGAUUUGUCUGGAAUAGACAAAGAUGUUCUUAACGAGUUAAGUUUAAAAGUAGAUAAUUAUCCAAAUAUCAAGAGUUACCUAGGACCAAUACUUCCAAAGGAUGUUAUUGAAUUACAAAAUCGUCAUUUUUUAUUCAAACAGUACGUUUACAAUACUGUUUGUAAUGGUAGCGAGGAAAAAUUAAUUGAAAUAUUUAAUACUGUCAAGAGCUUUAAGACAAAUUUUACAGAUAUAGAGAAAUGUGACAUCGUAACUUUAACUUCUCUGGAACAGGAGAUUUUAACAUAUAUUCAAGAGAAAAUGAAAUUAUCCAUAGAAAGAAAGAUUAUAGGUUCCAAUGAUCCAUCGCUACAGUUAACUGUUUUUAGAAUAAAUGCUCCUAUACCUAUUACUCAAAUUGGAGCGCAUAACGAUUCUGUGGUUUCCGGAGCAAUAGCUCUAGCUAAUAUUCUUGACACGAUUAUAACAUUCUUGGAGUAA